UGCCUUUAAAUUCAAGCCCUUAUUUCGAUUCUCACAAAAUUUUAUACUUAUCUCCAGCUUCUAAAUUCCCUGACAAAAUUUGAAGAAAUAUAGAGAGGAUGUCUCUGACUGUAGAAAAAUUCAGGGCCAAACUUAAGAAUCGCGCAGUGAGAAGAGCUCGGAGCUUUCGCAGAAAGAUGCUGAAAAGGUCCGAUGUUUGGCGGUCCGCUAAAUUUAGGCCUAGGCUGAGGGCUCUGCAGAAGCUUGUUCCCGGCGGGACAAAUUUGGCGAAGGCGGAAGUCCUGUUUAGCGAGACGGCAGAAUACAUUAUGUCGCUGAAACGGCAGGUGUUUUUCCUUCAGACUUUGACGGAUUUGUAUGUGAACAGUGGAGCGGCUGGUCGUAUGCUUCGAUCUCAGGAGCAUUCUGUUGCUGUGGAUAAAGAUGGACAUUGUAACUAAAAAUUUAGGGAGAAAGCUUUUUUAUGUUAAUUAUUUUUGUGUAGUGAGGCUCCAAAUUUUUUAUUUUUUCCUCUUUCUUUGUUCAGAGAUCCUCUUUAAAUGUCCAAGAAAUCAGCAUCUGUAUUUGGAAUGUAAAUUAUGAGUUCUGUUCUAUUUAAAUGCAUAGAGAGAUUUUUUUGCCUCUCUGGUUUUGCAUAAUGCCUGGCGAAUCGGCAUUGUAUUUGAAA